CAUUUUGUAGAAGUGUGAAAAGGCCUAGGAAAGUUUUGUGCAGCCUAACACUUGAUGGUCCUUAAGCCUAAAUGUGAUGUAAAGUCGAAUACAACAUAACUUUGGAAUCCCACCUCAAGAGCUUUCACAGCUGUAAACCCACAAUGUCAUCAGUUUUCAAUUUAUGCAACCCUGUAUUCUUCGCAAAUCGUUAUAACAAUCUUAAUGCAAAGCCUCACAAUGCUAGAUACAAGAUUCAUGUAACGAGUUCUCGUAGAACCGAGUUACGGGAGCAGCUAACGACCGAGUUAGGGGAACAACGGGCUGUUAAUACGCUGGUCAGUCAGGAGGAUGUGAUUAACGAUGAUAAAGAAGUUAUAGUUGGGACAUAUGGUAGAACUCCUCUUGUGCUUACAAGUGGAAAGGGGUGUAAGUUGUAUGAUAUUGAUGGUAAAGAGUAUAUUGAUCUCACCUCGGGUAUUGCUGUUAACGCUUUGGGCCAUGGGGAUCCCGAUUGGGUUCGGGCGGUUACCGAUCAGGCGAAUGUGCUUGCGCAUGUUAGCAACAUAUAUUACACUGUUCCGCAGGUGAAUCUUGCUCGACGUCUUGUUGCUAGUUCAUUUGCAGAUCGUGUUUUUUUCUCCAACUCAGGAACAGAAGCAAAUGAAGCUGCUAUUAAGUUCUCACGGAAAUUCCAAAGGUUUUCACACCCGAAUAAGGUGGACCCACCUACGGAGUUUAUCUCGUUCACCAACAGUUUCCACGGAAGGACAAUCGGUUCACUUGCGUUGACCAGCAAGGAACAUUACAGAACACCUUUUGAGCCUGUGAUGCCAGGUGUUACUUUCUUGAAAUACGGUGACAUUGAGGCUGUUCAAGAGUUAUUAUCUAGUGGCAAAAUCGCUGCAGUGUUUGUGGAACCUAUUCAGGGUGAAGGUGGAAUAUACGGUGCUACAAAAGAGUUCUUGAAAUCGUUACGUAGUGCUUGUGAUAAAGCUGGAUCUCUGCUGGUUUUUGAUGAGGUUCAAUGUGGGUUGGGUCGAACCGGUUAUCUUUGGGCCCAUGAAGCUUAUGAUGUAACCCCCGAUAUAAUGACUCUUGCCAAGCCUCUAGCUGGUGGUUUACCAAUAGGAGCUACACUAGUGACCGAAAGAGUCAACGAAGCCAUCAACAACGGGGAUCACGGAAGCACGUUUGCAGGCGGGCCUCUUGUAUGCGCUGCUGCAAUCGCGGUCUUUGAUAAAGUGUCAGACCCUAGCUUUUUAGCCGAAGUCACCAAAAAAGGCGACUACUUGAAAAACUUGUUGAAGAAAAAACUACAAGGAAACAAACACGUGAAAGAAAUACGAGGUUUUGGUCUUAUUGUUGGAAUCGAGCUGGAUGUUGCUGCAACCCCGCUUGUUGAUGCUUGUCGAGAAUCCGGGCUUUUGAUUUUGACAGCUGGAAAAGGAGACGUUGUUAGACUGGUCCCGCCAUUGAUAAUCUCGGAGCAGGAACUUGAUUCUUCCGUUGAGAUCAUAUAUAAAUGCUUGCAUGUUCUUGACGAGAAGAGUUCUAACUAGAGGUGCAAUGGGUUAUGAAGGGGUAGUUUUGUCAUUUCAAAUAUUGGGUAUGCAGAUCAUCCCCUCAUUUAGAUAUAUUUAUGUUUUAUGAGGUUUAAACUUUGUGAAUCAUGUAUAGUCUGCAGUGUAGUGUUUGUUUAUAUGGCUUGAAUCAAUGUUGAUGUCUAGGGUUUGUUUCA